AUGACAUUAGAAGCAGAAGUCUGGAACGAUAUUACUCCCAUUCCUCAGGACGAUGGGCCUGACCCGUUAGCGCCAAUUGCAUAUAACCCUGAAUACGCCAAAGCUAUGGGUUACUUUCGCGCCGUUGCUCAAAAAGACGAGCGUAGUGAAAGAGCCUUAGAUUUAACUGAACAAAUUAUCGAACAUAACCCUGCUCAUUAUACUAUCUGGCGUUAUCGUCAACAAAUUUUAUUCUUUUUGAAUAAAAAUCUUUAUGAGGAAUUGGAUUUUGUAGACGAACAAAUAAAAUAUAACCCGAAGAAUUAUCAACUUUGGCAUCAUCGGCAAAUUAUAGUGGAAAAACUUAUGGAUGUAUCUCGCGAAUUACCAUUCAUUAAUAAUGUUUUGAAUGAUGAUGCAAAAAAUUAUCAUGCAUGGACUUAUAGACAAUGGGUUAUAAAAACUUUUAAUUUAUGGGAAGGUGAACUCGAAUUUAUUGAUAAAUAUUUGGAUAAAGAUGUUCGAAAUAACUCUGCUUGGAAUCAAAGAUAUUUUGCGAUUUUUUUCAAUCCGAAUAAACCUACUGAUGAUUUUCUUGCUCAAGAAAUUAAUUAUGUUAUUGAAAAGAUAAAGCUGGCUCCAAAUAAUAUAAGCCCGUGGAAUUAUAUCAAAGGAGUUAUUGCAAAGUCUGACAAGGAUAUUGAUAUUUUAGAAGGAUUAUGCAAAGAGGUUGAAGAACAAAAAAUUAUAUCCCCUCAUGCACUUGGAUGUCUUGUAGAUAUCCAUGAAAGUCGAGCACGAAAUGGUUCUGCUACGGAUAAAGCAGAAGGGAUCAAAAUUUGCAUAACUUUAGCAGAAAAGCAUGAUACCAUUCGAAAAAAUUAUUGGGAAUAUAGGAAAGUUACAUUAGCUUCCAUUUAA